UGCUCAGUUCUGCAGGGAAAUGCUCUAUAAAAAACAGCAGCAGAAGCCUCCCUGUAUACCACCUCUUCCCUUUGAGCUCUCUCCAAGGCUCCUCUCUCCAGGCUUGCUGAGAUCCCAGCUCAACUCCAGCCAUGAAGUUCCUCUACCUUGUCUUCGCUGUCUUCCUUCUGGUAUCCCUGGCCACUCCAGGCUACGGGCAGGUAAGGAAGCACUGCCCCAAGCCAGGGUUCUGCUCCAGCAAGUGCGGCAAGGCAGACACGUGGACCUUCUCUGCUGACUGCAAGUACUACUGCUGCAUCCCACCACCCAGAUGGAAGGGGAAAUAGGAGCCAAAGAGGAAGGACCUGGGGAAGAGGAGGCACCAUGGAGGCUUUGAAAGCAGCUUCUCAACUGUCUCACCCAAUCGCCGUUACCUCC